AUGGGUCAGGACGGGGAAGCGGAUCGAGAGAGAUCGAGAGUAAGCAACUCUGUGGCAGACUCUGGCGCGAAAGGGCGCGAAACGUUUCUCUCGCGCGGAAGCUCGCCGAACGCGCCUCGACACUCGCUUGACCUUAAUAACGCGCCACUUAUCCUAACCCCCAUCCGGGUUCACCAGACCAUUUCGUCGGUGGAAUAGCUAUCGACCUCCUGGGCCCGGUCUUGGCACGGCUUUGACUACGCUUCGUGCUCGUUUCCCGCUCAACGUCGGGAUAUCAUCAUACCGAGCUAGCCUCCGUAGCCUCCUCCAACUCAGCCUGUGGGCCAGUCUGACUCACUGCAACAUGUGAGCUCCUAUUCCCGAUACGUGUUCCCACCCCCCACAGUCUUACCCUCGUCUUUGCUCAUUCCCCUCACUCAGGUCCUCCACGACGAUCACCUUGACGACCCCUGCGACCGCGCUCCCGAACGACCCUUCCUCCCUCGCCAAACUGAUCCGUCAACGCCACCUCGUCGCCCUCCAAGCCCUCUACGAACAACGCACGCUCCAACACAUUGCCCAACAAGAACGAUUGGCUCUGCAACGCCGGCAGAAGAGGUUGGCCGCUUUGGGUGCUGAGGAGGGGACGACGACGACGACGACGACGACGACGACGAGUAGUAGUGAGGUCGAGAUGACGGAGGAGGUAGAGGAAGAUCCCAAGGUAGCGGAGGCGAGCGAUAGGCAGACCGUGUACAAGGCUUUGUACUUGUCCGAACCUACCUCUUCGACCGCAUCCACCACCGCAGCAUCAACAGCCCCGUCAAGCUCCAGCUCCAGCUCCAGCUCCAGCUACAGCUCCAGCUCCGCCUCCCUCCCUCCCCCACCCAUCGACCGCCUCGGCCACGCCUAUGAUUUCGUCUACCACCUCGCGCCCAACGGUUCUUCCGACGCCUACUACCACGGACCUCACCCACCUCCACCUUCCAAAAUAGUCAAUUCCAUCAUCAAGGCCUACAAGAACCCCCCCUUCUUCGAUCCGACGGGUUUGACUUCGAACCAAUUGUUACCGAAAGCGACCGAAUUGUUCCAAGCGCCCUUUCGAAAUACUGCUUCCUCGUCGUCUACUACCACCCCUUCAACGACCACUUUGACUACUACCCCCGCAUCAGCUGUCCCACCAACGGAAACGAUCGACGUCGUCGAAGCGGAAUUGAUCGCUUCUUUUUCGGCGAGUUGCGAUGAACGCAUCGGCGAAACUUUGGCCAAGAUGGAACAACCUGAUCGGGAAGUCGCUUUGCAACGUAGAGACGAUGCGAGGUAUGCUAUUGGGGUCGCGAAUGCGGCGCAGUUGCAACAACUUCAACAGCACAGGUCGGGUGCGCAGAUGCAGGUGGGCUCGUCGGGGGGAGUGCAAGGGUCGGUUGUCGGACCGCAGGGGGCGGGAGGGUAUGGUGCGUGGAGGUGA